CAACAGGCAGAGUAUAAAAGGAGGGGCAGUGGAGGAAGAGACUUGUUUUUGUAGAAGGAGCUGCAGCAACGCAGGGCUGAGCAAAGAGAAGGAAACUUUUUAACCAAAGGUAGUGAGGAGGCACCACAGUUAUGUGGGCGUGCCUCAGCCUGCUCAUCACUCUCUGCCUGCUCCACGGGGGCGGUGCAGAGACUGAUGGGGGUGGGCCUCGCUGUCAAUUGCCUCCGGCCUGGAGGAUAGGGGAUGUGGAGCCAAUGAAGGGGACGAUGGGCCGGGUGACGGUGGUGGCCCUUUUACAGGCCAGCUGAUUGUUCUGCUUGGUGCAGGCUGCCAGAAUGAACGGCCUGCGCCAGAAGCUGGAGAGUCAGGGUCUGAAGGACGUGGCCUACAUGGUCGUUAACCAGCAGGGGGAGCUAGCACAGCGCCUGCACACCAUGCUGGCACAGAGACUGUCAGAGAACAUCACACUCUACAAACAGGACGAGCAGCAGGCCGAUGUCUGGCAGGCACUCAGCGGAGAGAAGGAUGAUUUUCUCGUUUAUGACAGGUGUGGCCGUCUCACCCACCACAUCUCUCUUCCCUACUCCAUCAUCGGGCAAGGCCAUGUUGAGGGCGCGAUCAAAGAUGCCUAUUGCAGACGCACAUGUGGGGACUGCGUGCAUGAGAGCACUGAGACACCAGAGGAGUGCACAGGGAAAGCAGACCCACAGCCUGGCGCUGAUGCUCCCCCAGCUGUAGAGGAAGACACUGAGCUUGGUCGCCAUCAUGGACGUCACCAUGGCCAUGGCCACCAUGGUCAUGGCCACCAUGGUCACGGCCACCAUGGGGAUAAUCAUGGUGCUCAGCCCCAUGGCCACGAUCAACACCAUGGUCAUCUCCACGGAGACCAUGAUGGUGCUGGCCAGCAAGGUGUAAGACCUGUUUAUGUGCAAGAUGGGGGGGGAAUCCAAAGGCAACAACCUUUCGAUAUAGGCCAGAUGCAGCAAACAGUGCACAUGCACCAGAUGCCACAGGGGGCCCUCGAGGCCCCUGUGAGGCCCUGAGUGCAGGAGAAGGCCAGGUGAAAGUCCAAGCACAGCUGACAGUGGACAGCAGGCUCUGACAUUGAAGCCUCUCCCAAAGCCAGCUGAUGCUGACACUGACGCAGGCUGUUUGGCGAAGUAGGGGGCGAGGAGCCAGUCGGUCUGUGACACUGUGAUGAGGCGCUGCCCGCCUCCUGACAGUGACACGGACUGACGGGCGUUGCAGCCAACAAUGUCAGGGAGACCUGACAGUGACGCAUGCCCCCCGCUGCCUGACAGCAGCCUCAGCCAGCCCCUUGAGCCUGACCCCCCGGUGCGAGCGGAAGAUGAGAGCAGCUGUAAGCUGACUCUGAUUUCAGCCUCAUAUUAGACCAUCCAGAAACACCGGGGCCAAGCGCUCUGUUUUACCAACAAGUAUUACCCUGGGAGAGGGCGGGGCAACCCCUGACAGCAUGCAUGUAGGAUAAAUGAACAUGAGUCCAACAUCACACUGAUAAAGAUUAAAUAUUGCCAAUGCUUUGGCAGCUUGUUAACUCGUCACAUUUGGCAAAAGUUAUGCUAAUAAUUUGAUUGGGCCUUAAAGAAUAUAUGCCGUGUUUCACCUGUUCACCAUGCCUGUGUCAGUGGGUCGCCCUCGUCCUUUCUCAGGAGUGAAUGUGGUUGUCAUGUUCAUUAAUGGCCCCCUCCAUUUUGCUCUCUCCAUCCUUUAUGAAGCCAGGCGCAGAAACUACGCUCUAGUGGCGUCUGUAUGAAGUCAGGCAGGAGAGAGAGGAGAGGGUAGUUCAUGAACACGAUAAACACGUUAAACAUUUCAAAGUGAAGUAUCAAACAAUAUCGAGGAAAAAGGAAAAAUAUAUAAAAAAUUGCGAAAAAAAGAAAACCAAAUGACAUCAGAUUGUAUGAAUUCUUUAAAGAAUGUUAUAGUCAAAGCCACAUUUUUGUUUGGGGAAACCUGAAAAGCACUGAGCCGUUACUGGGAAAACAGUCCUUAAAACAAAUUCAAAAGGAAGCCUCUAAAAUGUAUGAAUGACUUUCAUUUUUUGUUUUGUUCUUAAAGCCUGCAAGCUUAAAACAUACAUAUAUCAGACAUAUCUUUAUCCACAAACAUGCACAUUUGAAAUGCUGAGUGCUUAGCAUUGCUUUACAAGGAAAAAAACCCAAAAAACUCAAUUGAUUGUAAAAGGGCAGAGGGAAAAUGAGAGUGAAGCGAUGAUGUUGGAAUACACUCUGUACUCAAUGAUGGUUUCCGCGGAAAGUUUAAAGUCACCGUGAAAACCUGAUGCUUGCACAGAGAACUGUAUUUUGUUAAGGCUGUCAAACAUGGAAACUGAGAGUUGAAUAAAGAAGGUUGAGUUAC